CCAGUCACGUGACCACCUUCUCCUGAAAUAAUGUGAAGAAAUGUCCUGAAAAUGCGGAAAGCAAAGAUUAUUUAUACUUUAGUCUUCUUCUUCUCCCUUCUCCAGCAGUCGUGUUGUGAUGUUGAUUCUAUCAGUUGGCAUUUCCUUGGCUCUGAAGGCCUUGGCCUUCCCAGUUACAUAGAAAGAAUCAUUGUGAAUGAUGUCAUGGUCUUUUACUAUGACAGCAACAUGCCUUCAACAGCACCAUGUCCUGAUUGGCUGAACACCACAGCUGGUCAAGAACACUGGAAAAAGAUGAGUUCUGUAUCACAGGACAACAGGGACCUUAUGGCUGAAGCACUCGAAACAGCCAUCAAGCAGUUCAAGCUCACGGGCAACCUUUCAGAUAUUAAUAUAUAUCAAGGCUACAGUCGGUGUAACCUCUAUCCAGAUGGCACAGUCAAGUCAGUGUUAACCCACGCAUUCAAUGGGAUGGACUUCUUAAGUUUAGAUAUUGACAGUAAGACAUUCAUCGCUUCUGUUCCUCAAGCCAUCAAAUAUAAAAGGAUUAGAGAGAAUAAUGAAAUCUUGCUUGAAAUCAUGGUGUCUUUCUACAAAAAGACCUGUGUUGACCACCUUAAGACAUUCUUGGACCAUUCUCCUGCAGUCAACAUGAAGAAAGCUCCAGAGGUCAGGAUUUUUGAGAAGCAGAGAGCUGGUUCCACUCUCCUCACGUGUCAUGUGACUGGGUUUUACCCCAGAGCAGUGCAGGUGAAGUGGAUUGGCACAGAUUUACAGCAGAAGGAUAUUGAGACGAAUGAUGUUCUGCCUAAUGGUGAUGGUACAUAUCAGACCAGAAGGAGUGUGAUCAGACCUGAGGAGAACACAGGAAAUCAGCACUACAGCUGUGUAGUGUAUCACAGCAGCGUCGAGGGAAAUAUUACAGUCACCUGGGGUAAAGAAGAGAAACCCUUCCGGCUUCCUGUUUGGAUGACGCUAGGCUUCAUUUUCAUGGUUGCUGUAGUUGGGCUUGUAAUACGAUACUUCAUUAAAAGUAAAGACGCUUUGAUUUAAAGUGACGCCUCAUGAGAAGAUCGAACUGUCUGUCCUCGACCUCAAACUCCUACAGUCCUCAGGUCGAGCUGUUUCUUCUUGGAUAUUUGCACAAAUCUCUUCAUUAAGGUCAAUCUAAUUGAAGGAUAAGAAUCCGUGUUUUUGUUUGUUUUUUAAGUCCUGCUUUUCUUACAAUACCCGAGGCCCAGUCUGCACUACAAAUAAGCUUUCUUAAACUAUUUUUGUCAUGGAUACUUUUAAAGCAAAUGGUUUAUGAAAAUAGUUGAAACGAUCUAGCAUUUUCUAUUAGAAGAAUACAAGCCACCAAUUCUGAGAUUAUUAAACCUAGUUCUAGAUUGCAACCAAUUUAUUCUAAGAUGUCUUGUCAAGUAAAAUUAUCUGCCCAUGCAGCAAGCAUACUUCACUAGUAUUAAAUAAUUUUCUCCUCAAAUUCAGUUUUUUGCAGUGUACACAGGCGUAAAGAAUGUAUUCAUUACCAUUCACACAAACAUUAAUUUUCAAAGUGCUUUAUAGUUUUGCACAACUUCAGCAGACUUGAAUGAGCCAUUUUACAAUAACGGAUGUAUUGGGUUCUCAUUUUAAAAAUCUCUGGUCGUAUUUGAUUGUGAUCGGAGUAGUGUUUUUUUUUGUUUUUUUUUAAAUCUCUGGAUAUUUUAACUCCGGUUUACAGGAACAACCAUCUAUUGCUGUUACUUUCAUGAUCACAUACAUGUCCUAUUAGUUUCACUGUUGCUACUGAAUAUGUUUUAAGAUAAAUAACUGAAUGAUAGAAGCUCUUUAAGGAAGGUGUAUAUGAAGCAUUAGGAAGGUCAUAUUGCAUUGUAUUACUGUGCUUGCUAUGUCAUGUCUUUUUACUGGUCUAUGAAGCAAAGCUCACUCCCAGAUGAAAUAUUGUCAGUUAUUAAUGUUUUUACUUCAGCCAUUAGGAGGCAGUAAAGCCUCACUGACUAUUCUGAUCAAAUAUUUGACACAGUGAACAGUGUGCUGUCUGUGCUUUGUGAUUGAUGGUGGGUGUCAGGUUGAGAGAUUUUACAUCAAUCCCUUGUCAGAGGCGGCGACAGGAAGUUUUGGAUGGGACGGG